UUAAGUGUUUGUGUGUUCUUCAAAUUGUGUUCAUUUUUUAAUCGUUUUCAUUAUGAAGAAAUGUAAAACCAUUUAGUUGGGAAUGCUCCGGAACGGGCUUGAGUUGAAAGGUUAUCAAGUGACGUCACGGCCAAGAUGGCAGCCUACAUGGUGGAGAGCGGAGAGGAUGCAUUUAGAAAAAUAUUCAAGUUUUACAAGAGAAGACACCCUUCGCCAGAUUUCAGUAAUGUCCUUGACUUUUCCAAAGAUGUACCGAGUGACAUGGUAGUCCCAGCUAAAUUGGACCCAGUGACAGUGAGUGAUGUGGAGGCUACAAGGGUUGGAUUAAAGCCUGUCAGAGACUGGAGAGCCUUCGGCCUGCAGGGCUACCCAGGGUUCAUCUUCAUCUCCAACCCGUUCCUGCUGGGCUCCCAACCGUUCUGGGUCAGACAGUGUCUGAAGACUUACCCUCAGAAGCCCAACGUCUGCAACCUGGACAUGCAUAUGUCUCUCUCUGACACCCAGGACAUCUGGGGUAAGAGCAUACAUGCCCUCAGUUGUCCUCCCUCUGGAAAGAGAGAACCACUGACUCUACUGGAGAGGCUGCGCUGGGUCACUCUGGGAUAUCAUUACAACUGGGAUACCAAGACUUACUCUGCCAACCAUUACACUCCUUUCCCAGCUGAUCUUCACUUGCUGUCCUUACAAAUAGCAGCCGCCUGUGGCUUCCCAGGAUUCAAAGCAGAGGCUGGAAUCCUCAACUACUAUCGACCUGAUUCCUCUCUAGGAAUCCAUGUGGACGAAGCAGAACUGGAUCACAGCCGCCCAUUGCUGUCAUUCAGUUUUGGGCAGUCAGCCAUCUUCCUCCUGGGAGGCACACACAGACAGGACCCCCCCACUGCUAUGUACAUACACAGUGGGGAUGUAAUGGUUAUGUCGGGACAGAGUCGCCUCCUUUACCACGCUCUCCCACGAAUUGUUCCAGUGCCACAAGACCAUACCCCUUUAGAGAUGGAAGUCUGCAGCCCGGCCUCCUCCCUGCAGGACAGCACUGUGAUGGAACAGAUAUCAAAACAGGACUGGAUGGUGUGCUCCAAGUACAUCCAGAGCUCCAGAGUGAAUAUGACUGUCAGACAGGUGCUGGGGUCUGGGCAGAGCUUCCCAGAAACACCCGCUUAUCACCAAAGGACUGAUGUAGGCCAGACAGUCGGGUACCGAGACUGCCCAGCAAACAGAGAUAGUGGGAAGAGGAAGAGGAGUAGUGGCUGUGCCUCUGUUGAUACUGUAGAGACAUGAAACAGACCAACUAGUGUAACACUCACUGAGAGAUGUGACGGUGCAGGGGAUAUUUGCAUCUGACACCAGAGUCCUCCUUUACAGUGAUGUUGUGCUACUUGUCACCUUGAUUUAAAAAAACAACAACAGAAACCACUUUAGUCAGAUGUGCUUUAAUACUUACACCUGGUCCAUAGUUAGGCUGUCUGCAUAAACAGUGGCACAGCUGGAUCAGCUGUCAUUCAACCUGAGAAGCCAUGUUGUAACUUUUAAAUGGUUUUGAGUUACCAAUAUAUGCACUGCCCACAUAAAAAGAUGGGCACAUUGUUAUCACCACCAGCACAGCUGUAUUUUUACCCCAUUAAAAAGUUUGACAAAUGUCAUGUUCAUGGAUAAUAUAUUCUGAAUAAUAAUCCCACCAAGAAGAGCUCAAACCUCCACCAAGGCCAAACACCAACAAUUACUGAUUAUUAGCCAUUCAGGUUAUAAAUUAAUCAAUUAAAAAUGAAUAAUUAAUCAUACAUUCUAUUUAAAUACGUUCACACUUGGGUUGCUCAUGAUGGGCCAGACAGGUUUAAGGGGUUUAUUUGCAGCUGACCAGCUGGUUGGGUUACUUUGACCCAGCUCUUUGUUCCUUUAUUUAAGGUUAGGGUAAGGGGAGAAUGACAGUUACAUUACUGUUGAUGCACUGUUCUUUUGGGACGAAUGGAGUCAGUAUUUGCAGAAUGAUCAAAAAAUAUACAUUAUGGUCAAUGAUCAAGAGGUCCUCCUAACGGAUAUGAUCAAUAUCCAGACUCUGUGAAAGAAGACGGUAGAAAAAUUACCACCUGUGACUGGCACCUGAAUUGUACUGUUGGGAAUUAAUGGAAUCAAUAAUUUUUUUCGAAAUUCAUUGGCUGUACAACAACUAGCAUUAUCCAUAUGCAGGUUAAAAAAUUUACAACCAAUUACACUUUGUUUUGCUUUAUAGUAAUAUUAAAUAAUUAUAGUAGAACAAUUGGUCAGAAAGUGAGUGAACUCAGAUCAAGACUGACCAGCUGAGCCAGGAGGUCAAUAAAUUAAAACACAAUGGUUUGAAAGGAGCUUUGGACAUUUGCAGCAUGAGGAGCAGGCAUUGGUAGGGUGGCUGGGCAGGGCAAAUGCACUUCAAUGGCCCAAAACACUUCCAAUAAGAGAAACAAGCUGCAAAUUCAUAAACGAUGCAGAUUCAAAAACGCAUACGUAAAUACAAAACAAAUACAACAACUGCAACGUUGUGACAAAUGAAAAAACGGCUGCAGGAAGCCAAAACAAAGACAUAAAUAGCAAACACUGCAAAUACAGAAACAAUGCAACAACAAAAACACAAAACCACCAAAACAAAAAUCUGAAAAAAGUGCUGCAUAUCAAGACAACACAUCUGAGGUCGCUACUAUGAAGGAAGUUCAACAUACCCGGGAUAACGUUUAGUUAUCUGCGUUAUCUGAACCUAACAUUGACCGCCCUGAUAACCUGUACUACAAAGCUGGUUAUCAACUGCCUCAGUUAACCCUGGUUUUACAUCCAGGUACGAGCACGUUCAUGUGAAAGAGGCAGAGUGGUUAAUUAUAAGCAACAUCGUCUGAAACAUGAACAAAGUACUUAAUAUGAUCUGAGAUGAAACGCUUACUUGAUGGUAAGUUAUAGCAAUGACCAGAAGUCAUGUUCAACAAUGUCAAAUGUUAACAAUAAGAUCACAUGACUCAAAUAUAAAAAAUAUUAUUUCCAUGUCUAAAUAUAAUUUCUGUUGAAGUCUAAAGACUAAAGAUACAUUGUAAAUAAGUGCACGAAUUAUCAUCACGUUUGAAUAUUUUCAACAUGUGAUGCAGAGAGAAUAGUUAAAGUUCAUGUCAAACUUUCUGCUGUAGAGAGGAGAGAAUGAAAAGUGGAGAGAAGUAGUCGAGGUCUGAUGAGUCAGUCUGACUGUAAUGUUCAUUUAUAAUCAUGGAAAUAAUUAACACUGUGUGGCUAAUUGUUCUAAUCAAAGACAUCAGAGGUUUAGUUUUUUUCUCCAGUUCUGGUCAAUGAGUAUCCUUAUAUUAUUCUGAGCUGCAUUGAUGAUGAAGAGAGUAAAAGCUUCAUCACUGUCAGGAAUCCUGUCAGAUUAAACAAUAUCUGUUCAAUAAAAAUUAACCUAUAAUAGUUAUUAUAUAGGCUAUUUAUUUAAGGUGAUUUUAGAAGCUUUGCUUUAAAACCAGAGUGGACAUAUGGAAAGACUCAAACAGGAAAACUAUUCCACUGAUUUUUUUAUAUUUUAUAUCUACUGCUCGUUAUUAUUGAUCACUUUAUUGUAAACUCUUUUUUUCCCUGUUAGGAUCCUGUAGGAAUGAUGACUCAGUUUUUCCAGUAAUCUGAUUGGUCAAUAGUUUGGCUGUUGACAGGUUUUGGUGUGAUCCUCUGAAGUUAUGUUAUAAGUUAGUAUUGUUGUACUAGUUCAUUCCUCUAAUUAUUUCAUUACCAUCCCAUAAAGUAUAUUGAAUUGUA